AUGGAGUGCGGAAAGAGCUUCUCUUUCAAUGCAAAACUUAGAACACACCAGCGGACUCACACAGAGAGAAAACAUUUUAAGUGCAGGGAGUGUGGGAAGAACUUCAGUCAGAGUGUACACCUUAAAUUGCACAAACGGACUCACACAGGGGAGAAACCAUAUGAAUGUAAGGAGUGUGGAAAGAACUUUAAUAAUAGUGGAAGCCUUAGAAGACAUGAACGGAUUCACACAGGGGAGAAACCAUUUAAAUGUAUCGAGUGUGGAAAGAGCUUUCGUUGUAAUACAAGCCUUAGAUCACAUCAACGGACUCAUACAGGGGAGAAACCAUAUAAAUGUAUUGAGUGUGAAAAGAGUUUUAGAAAUAGUGGAAACCUAAGAAGACAUCAAUGGACUCACACAGUGGAGAAACCAUUUAAAUGCAUGGAGUGUGGAAAGAGCUUUAGUGAUAAUGGAAACCUUAGAACACAUCAACGGACUCACACAGGGGAGAAACCAUUUAAAUGCAUGGAGUGUGGAAAGGACUUCAGUCAGAGUGGACACCUUAGGAAACAUCAACGGACUCACACAGGGGAGAAACCAUAUAAAUGUAUGGAGUGUGGAAAGAGCUUCAAUCAGAGUGGAAACCUUAGAAAUCAUGAACGGACUCACACAGGGGAGAAACCAUAUAAAUGUAUCGAGUGUGGAAAGAGCUUCAUUCACAGUUCACACCUUAGAACACAUCAACGGACUCACACAGGGGAGAAACCAUUUAAAUGUAUCGAGUGUGGAAAGAGCUUUAGUAAUAGUGGAAACCUUAGAACACAUCAACGGACUCACACAGGGGAGAAACCAUAUAAAUGUAUCGAGUGUGGAAAGAGCUUCAAUCAGAAUGGAUACCUUAGAUCCCAUCAACGGACUCACACAGGGGAGAAACCAUUUCAAUGCAUGGAGUGUGGAAAGAGCUUUAGUAAUAGUGGAAGCCUUAGAAGACAUCAACAGACUCACACAGGGGAGAAACCACAUAAAUGUAUCGAGUGUGGAAAGAGUUUCCGUUGUAAUACAAGCCUUAGAUCACAUCAACGGACUCAUACAGGAGAGAAACCAUUUAAAUGUAUGGAGUGUGGAAAGCGCUUCAGUUAUAGUGGAAGCCUUAGAAGACAUCAACAGACUCACACAGGGGAGAAACCAUUUCAAUAUAUGGAGUACAGUAAAUACUUCACUCAGAGUGGAAAUCUUAGAAAACAUCAGUAG